AUGGACGCGGCCAUCUUUGUCAGCUCCAAGCGCCGCCGGAGGGCUUCCGCCGCGGGCUGGAUCUUCGACUUGGAUCAUGGGACUGAAGGGGAAGGGAGCUAUGUCCAAGGCAAUUUUUCUGUUUAUGGUGGUGAGGAUUCAGAUGCGUUGUUGUUUGCUGAAGAUGCAAUCGAAGAUGAUUCAGAUGAUGGAGAUGUUUCAUCACAGCCACUGCCACCCUAUGUUGACAUGGUAUUUGACACACUUGAGGAUGCUCAGAAAUUCUACAAUGACUAUGCCUUCAAGUUGGGGUUCGGGACACAUAUAUCUUCCUCAAAAUUCAGCCAGAAGAGAGGCCAGAAGAAAGAGGAUCAAAUAUUGAUCAAGAGGUUCUUUGGGUGUGUGCAUGCCAGAAAGCCCGAUAAAACGGAAACGCGUAGCACAUCAGAGAGCAUUGCAACAGGAAAAAGCAACUCCAGUAGGCAGCCUAGUGAAGGAAUGGAUGUGACAAGAAAACGUCAAAAGAACAGGCUGCCGGAGUGUGUUAGGUACUACCGGUCGCACCGCAGUAUACCUGCCGAGGAUUACCAGCUCUUGUUGACGUUGCAUGAUGUGAACCUAUCAAAUUCAGAUUGCAUGGGUGUCCUCGGCAGGGUCCAUGGAGGUGACACCAGGAUACUCCCAUAUGUGAAGAGAGAUGUUUCGAAUGAACGUGCAAAGCUCCGGAGAGGGCUAACAUUCCGAGACAUGGAUAUGACAGUCGAGUACUUUGAGAGGAGGAAAGCUGAGAAUCCAGAGUUUUUCUAUGCGAAACAAAAGGAUCCUGCAACAAACUCCGUGACUGCCUUGUUUUGGGUUGAUGGGAGAACAAGGGCGCUCUACCCGAAAUAUAAAGAUUGUGUGUUCUUCGAUACAACCUUCUGCACCAAUAGAUACAAUAUGCCAUUUUCUCCUAUAGUUGGGGUCAACAACCAUCUCCAGACCAUUGCACUCGGGUGUGCCUUGUUGCCGGAUGAAAGUAUUGAAACAUUUAAGUGGGUCUUCCAACAGUGGAUGGUUGCAAUGGAUAACGAUCAUCCCACAAACAUCAUGACCGACCAGGACAAAGCGAUGGCAACAACUAUUGAUGAUGUGUUGCCAAACACCUGCCAUAGGUGUUGCAAGUUUCAUGUGUUUAGCAAUGCACGUACCAAGUGGGGGAGGCUGUUGAGAAGAGAUGAAGCGUUUGCAGAUGUGUUCUACACUUGUAUCAAUCAAUCAGAAACCAUUGAGGAGUUUGAGGAAACAUGGCAACACAUGUUGCAUUGUUUUGAAGUGGCUGAGAACAAACACCUGAAGAACAUGUGGCAAACAAGGCACAUGUGGGCUCCAGCGUACUUCAAGAACAAAUUCUUCCCGUUCACAAGCACAACGGGCAGGUCGGAGGAGAUUAACUCAUAUUUCAAGACACUGAUUCGUCCGGCUGAUUCCGUUUGGAGGUUUGUCCAGCAAUACGAAAUGUGCCAAGAAACUAUGCUUGAUCGUGAAGACAAUGCUGGAUUCACUGGUGAAACAACAACUCCGCCACUAUACUCUCGGUACAACAUUGAGCGCCAAGCUGCUGCUUACUACACUCGUAGCGUCUUUGGCAAGUUCCAGAAGCAGGUGAUCGCAUCUACCGGCUUCAUUAUCAACCAAGAUGCUGAGUAUCGAGGGCAAGGCCUGCUGUUUGAGCUAAAGGCAAGCUCCUAUGAGAACCAAAAACUCUAUUCUGUGCAUGUUAUGAUGGAUGAAGGGUUGUUUGAAUGUAGUUGCCACUACUUUGAGAUGAAUGGCCUGAUUUGUGCACAUAUAAUAAGGGCAAUGGUGCAUCUGAAUGUUCAAGAAAUUCCGCAACAAUACUUGUUGGAGAGGUGGUCUGAAGCAGCCACAACAAGCAUGGGCAGGACUGGCCGAUUGUUGGACUUCGGGCACCCCUCAACGAACACAUUGAAAUACAACUCCUUGUGUCGAAGGUUGACAUGGCUCGCCUCUAAUGCAUGUUGCAACGAUGAUGCCUACAAGAUAUUGGAUGAAGCAAUAACAAUUCUUGAGCCUGCCAUAGCAGCGACAAACAGAGGAGCGCUGUCAGGGCAACAAGCAACGCAACAGAGUGAACCCCCAACACCACCUGCUGCCGCAACGAGAACAUAG